AAUUGAACCGGUUUCUCGCUCGAGCCCUGUUAUCUGCCACGAAGAAUCCAUGAGGAGAGCAACCAUGUACAAACCCAUCUCGAUACCGGAGCGCGUAGCCGGCAUGACGCAGCUGGAUCGAUCGAAGUUCUCAUGUAGACAUGUAGUGCCUUCGUUAGCGCUAGACAAAUCAGACUCGCUCAACGACGAGCUGAGCAAAUUCAAGCCGAUGUUGCUAAAGAUGCCCGGCCGGAAACCGGUGCAGGAGGUCGACAGCGUUCGCAGGCUGCUCCUUGACCCUUCUUUAGACCACUCAAAAUUGAUGGAGACUUACCACAUCCAACCCCUCGAAAUCGAGUUGACUUACGAAAAUUUCACCGCACAAGAAGCGGUGCAGAAAGUACUGAGCGGUUCGGGAAGCGACGUAGGAGGCGCUGGCUUCAGCAUUGUCGGUCAUAUCGUUCACCUGAAUCUUCGGGCGCACCUCGAUCCUUUCAAGAAAGUCAUCGGGCAGAUAUUACUGGACAAAAUGAAGAGAGUGGAACUCGUCGUGAACAAGACAUCCCAAAUCGAGUCAGAAUAUCGGAAUUUCAACUUUGAAGUCUUGGCUGGCACUGCCGGAACCGUUGUGAGAGUUCGGGAGCAUGGGUGCCUUUUCGAGCUCGACUUUGCGACCGUGUAUUGGAAUCCUCGUUUGGCGACAGAACACAAUCGCGUCACGCUCUUGCUAAAGCCAGAGAGCGUGCUCUUCGACGUGUUCGCCGGGGUGGGACCAUUCGCGAUACCCGCUGCACGCAAAGGUUGCACCGUUUACGCCAAUGAUCUGAACCCUUCGAGUUUCGAGUAUCUUGUGAAAAACAUUAAGCUAAACAAAGUGUCACACAAGGUCGAGGCGUUCAAUUUGGAUGGAAGAGACUUUCUGAAAACAGUCGUCAGAGAGAAGGUCAAAGAAAAGUAUUCGAAAGCGGAUGUUCACGUGACGGCGAAUUUGCCUGCGAUCGCCGUCGAUUUCAUGGAUGUUUUUAAGGACAUGGAUCUCCCCAAGGGCACCAUGCUACAUAUUCAUUGCUAUUUGUUUCUCAAGAGCACAGCCAAGAAAGGUUUUUCGGCCGCAUGGGACAUGGUGCUGCAGAAACUUGGGGAUUUCAAAGGAAUUUUCAAAAUUACGAGUCACGAGGAGCAUUUCGUGAGACAAGUAUCGCCGUCGAAAGAAAUGGUGAGAGCAUCCUUCGUGAUACUGUAUACUGACGAAGAUGGCCCAGAAGAUGUGGAACCGGCUGUUAAGAAAUCCAAACCUGACACCGCUGCUGCUGAUUAGCCGUGUAAUUACAAUUGAUGAAAUGCAAACAAGUAUGUU